ACUCCUACAGACUAAAAUAGCAUACAUAAAGUUAUCACAAUUACGUAACAUGUGUCAUACUGUUUAUCUAAUUUGAUUUUUCUUAUCCGGUACAUAGGUAGGUACAUCAGUCAAAUAAGCACGCAAAAUAAUCAAUUCCCGAGAUUUUACGUAAACAGAUUAUUUUUAAACAACCGCUGUGAGCGUUUACUGGACGAAAUGUUCCCGCCGACUCGCAUACGAAGCUGUCUUCCUGUUAUAAAUCCCAUGUUUAAACAGAGAUUGCGUCCUCACAGACCAUUUAGACAAACAUCUACGCUUCAUAAUAAAAACCAAACAAAGGUUUCUCAGUUGCAAAAGAAUAAAUGGAUGAGUUUUCGGUCUAUUAUAACAAGAUGGGUGCCUUUGGGCAGUGCUAUAUACGUCGGCUGGUGUUACAUCCGUGCGAGUAUCAACUAUGAAGUGUCAAAGAUCGAGAUUCUGUUCUACGAAAUGUUUCCGUUUCGUGUCACAAGCCGUAUUUGGGGGAAAAUCGCGGCGUACGAGCUUCCGACGUCGUUACGCGGCUUUGUGUACGGUACGUACAUCAAAAUGUUCAAUGUUAACUUGAAUGAGGCGGCUGUGACUGAUCUAAACUAUUACAAAAGUUUGUCAGCGUUUUUCACAAGACCGUUAAGAGACGGGGCUCGGUUUAUAUCGCAGUCAGCUUGUGUGUCACCCUGUGAUGGUGUGGUUCUGAACUGCGGGCCAGCAGACACGGACAAGAUAGAACAAGUCAAAGGAGUAACCUACAGCCUUGAGGAGUUUCUGGGAAAAAAUAACUGGACAAACAAAAAAGAUGACGAUUACUAUAAUUCGUUACUGACGAAUAAAGAUAAUAUUCUACAUCAAUGCAUCAUUUACUUGGCCCCCGGAGAUUACCAUCGGUUCCAUUCGCCGUGCGACUGGACAGCUACAUUCCGAAGACACUUCUGCGGUAAACUUUUAUCUGUGAACCCGUGGUUGGCACGAUUGAUACCCGGUCUGUUCACGAUAAACGAACGAGCGGUAUACGUUGGCGAGUGGAAACAUGGUUUCUUCAGCAUGACAGCGGUUGGAGCAACAAACGUUGGCUCCAUCGAAAUUUAUAAUGAUCCAGAACUUCGAACGAAUACGAAAGGAAAACGGACAAGAAUCAACGAGUUGAAUCUAGGACAAGUUCCUUUAAAGAAAGGGGAGUUAUUCGGACAGUUCAACAUGGGUAGUACGAUAAUAUUAUUAUUUGAAGCUCCGAAAGACUUCAAAUUCGACAUGGCGUCCGGAGACAAAGUGCUGAUGGGGCAAGCGUUAUCGUUAGCAGCUAAAGAACAAUCACGGUGACCUGUUUUUAACGAUUUAGUUCACAUUGCCCAGAUGGUUAUGUUCUUGUAUAUUAUGUCAGUGCUGCUGUGAAUGUGUGCGUAAACUUCUAACCAACGUCUGGUACGUAGUAUAUAAUUUAUGUCUUCCAACUUGAAUAAUUAUGUGGUUAAUUUAUUUCCAUUCGGUAAACUCACUGUACACUUUAGAAAUUACCAGCUAAUUGUUUCCCACUUUUGGGCAAAGGCCUCUCAUAUGGUGAAAGAUUAAGCAUUGAUAGAAGACUCAGUACGGUGUAUUAUUGUCUAUGAGUGAACUUGUUUAUGGUCUGAAAACUAAUUGUAAAUAAAUAGAAUCUAUGGAUGGAAA